CCCGGACAGCUCACAGCGGGACACCGGAGCCCAGCACCGGCCAGCAGCCCCCCGUCCACCGUCCGCCCGUCCGCCGCCCACCGUCCACUCGCCCGUCCACCCGCCCCAGCCGGCCGCCGUCUGCCCGAGCCCGCCACCAUGAGGGUCCCGCCGGCCUGCCUGCUCCUCUGCGCGCUGGUCCUGAGCAACUGCGAGGACAGCCACGAUCUUCACGCGGAAUCGGCUGCGGCAAGCUGUGGCUGUCUGAACGGAGGCACAUGUGUGUCCUACAAGUUCUUCUCCAACAUUCAUCGAUGCAACUGCCCGAAGCGAUUCCAGGGGGAGCACUGUGAGAUAGAUACGUUGGCAACUUGCUACCGGGGAAGCGGUCUGACUUACCGAGGGAAGGCCAACACCGACCACAUGGGCCGGCCUUGCCUGGCCUGGAACUCUGCCAACGUCCUUCAGAAUGAGUACCACGCCCACAGGCCCGACGCCCUCCCGCUGGGCCUGGGGAAACACAACUACUGCAGGAACCCGGACCACCGGAGGAAGCCCUGGUGCUUUGUGCAGGUUGGCCUGAGGCAGCACGUCCAGGAGUGCGCGGUGAACGACUGCUCUUUGCGAAGGAAUCCGCCCGCCAAAGCGGAGUUCCAGUGCGGCCAGAAGGCCCUGCGGCCCCGCUUUAAGAUUGUCGGGGGAGAGCCCACCAGCAUCGAGGACCAGCCCUGGUUCGCCGCCAUCUACAAGAGGCAGCGCGGAGGCUCUGUCACCUACAUGUGCGGGGGCAGCCUCAUCGGCCCCUGCUGGGUGGUCAGCGCCGCGCACUGCUUCAUUAAUCACCAGCAGAAGCAGGACUACAUCGUCUACCUGGGCCGGUCCAAGCUCAACGCCAACACGCCGGGGGAGAUGAAGUUCCAGGUGCAGACGCUCAUCCUGCACGAGGACUACAGCGCGGACACGCUUGCUCACCACAACGACAUCGCCUUGCUGAAGAUCACUUCCGACUCUGGCGAGUGUGCACAGCCAUCCCGGUCCAUACAGACCAUCUGCCUGCCCCCGAUAUACGGAGAUGCUCGCACUGGCACAAGCUGUGAGAUCGCCGGCUUCGGAAAAGAGAACAUCUCCGACUAUAUCUAUCCAGAGGAGCUGAUGAAGGCUUCUGUGGAGCUGAUUUCCCACCGGCAGUGUCAACAGCCCCACUACUAUGGCUCUGAAAUCACCACCAGAAUGCUGUGUGCGGCUGACCCCGAGUGGAAGAGAGAUUCUUGCAAGGGAGACUCAGGGGGGCCCCUGGUCUGCCCCGCCCAAGACCGCCUGGUUCUGACUGGGAUUGUGAGCUGGGGCAGUGACUGUGCCAUGAAGGACAAGCCGGGUGUCUACACGAGGGUCUCCCGCUACCUGUCCUGGAUCCGCACUCACACCGGGGAGGAGAAUGGCCUAGCCUCCUGAAUGGCCCGGCCCUCUGGGGGCCCCCCGGGAGCCACAGAGGAGAGCAGCGGAGAGCAGCGGCACCCAGCUCCCACACUGACCGGCAUUUCUGCAGCAGCUCUGUCCGCACCAGCCACGUAUAAGCAAGGGGCUGAGGAAGAGAGGCUCUGCAGAGGUGGUUUUGCUUGUGCUGCCCACCAGGGUGAGCAGCAACGGCUUUAUCCUCAGAUUCAGGACUGGGUGCUGGAUGCCCAGGUCCCCUCUGGCCAGGAUGGAGGGGUGGUCCUGACCCAGGAUGGUACUGACCAGUAGUCUGUUUUUUGUGUGUGUUUUUUGUUUGUUUGUUUUGUUUUCUGGAGAUAAAAAUGACAUCUCCUAUGCUUGGGAAGGAGAGGUAGCUCCCCUAACAGAGGACAUUCGUGAGGCCUAGUGUUGGGACAUGAAUCAUUUCCCAAUUAGGAAGUGCAACAGAACUGAGGUCUCUUGAGGGAGCUUGGCCAAUGUGGGAACAGUGGUUGGGGGAGCAGGGACGUUAAUAACUUGAGGGCAGGGCGCUGACAUUCCAUGAAUGUAUCAGGAAAUAUUAUAUAUGCAUGUGUACGUUUGCACACCUGUGCUCGGGCUGUGAGGAGUCAGAAUGAGUAAGAGCUGGUGUUCCUGUGUCUACGUCUAGAUAUUUCCCUAAACUGUAUGGACUAUGAAGCCACAUAUGACCUGUCAGGAGAGGGCAUGGGCCGUUCCUGGCACCUCUUGGGUCUCCCGUGCGAUGAAGCCUAUGAAUGCAUCAUUCUGGGCAGGGCUCGUGACCAGCAUUAAAAUUUCAGUUUCACUAUCACUUCACUGUCCCUUCCUUGGACACUUAUCCCUUCUGACCUUCCAGCCAAAUGCAUCCCGAUCCUCACUGAGUGGGGUGAGGACCACUCCUGUGUACACUGAAUAUUUAAUGACAUCCUGCUAUUUUUAUUUAUAUCUAUUUUUAUAAUUUUGAAUAAAGAUGAUUAAUAAAAUGUGA